AAGCGGCGGACGCAGGACUGAACAGAUCCAGUGACAAGAGUCAAGCUCAGAGGAUAGAAGUACCUGAACUGCUGUAGUCUAGAAGCCCGUGAUCACUUCAAACAAGACCUCACUGCACCCCUUUAUUCUGAUACUUGCAAUUUUUCUGCAGUCAAACUCAUUUUUAUUGUGCAGCAUCUUGCGUUGAAUGCGCACAUAGUGAGGAUCAGAACCAGUUGUGAGACAGCACACCAGCUUACCUUUUGUCGAGACAACUUCACCUUUUGUGAAGACAACUUUUUGAACCCUGGCGAACCAGGCGUUUUCAGAGGCUGCUUUCCCUCAUGGGAGGCGGAGGGAGAAAUGGGACCCCAGGCUUCUUUCAAGGGCAAGGACCUUAUGGGAAAACACAAGAGCGAGUGUCUACCGGCCUAUAGUUGGUGGAGAGGACCCCAGAAGAAGCGGAAGAAAAAGAAAUCUAAGUCUGCUAGAGUUGAAUAUGUCAGUAGUCCUGGCAGACCAGAUUAUUCAAUAUUUGUAGGAGAGCUAACUCCUGAAGUGGAUGACUUCCAGCUGUAUGAUUAUUUUCUGAAGAGGUACCCUUCAUGCAUUGACUGCAAAAUAGCCACAGAUCUUUUGGGAUACUCCAGAGGGUAUGCCUUUGUCAGGUUUGGUGAACAAGGUGAUCAGAUGAGAGCUCUGCAAGACUGCCAAAAUGCAGCAGGUCUAGGGGGAAAACGAAUCCGACUGAGUAUAGGAAUUUCUAAAAGACUGAAAGCAGAAUUCCAGCGGUACCAGUCUUAUAACUACAACGAUUAUUACCAGGACUAUCAGAACUACUACUCGCAAUGGGGUUAUGAUCCUUACCCUGACUACAACUAUAGCUAUUCCUCCUAUGACAACAUGCAUCAUGCUGCAGACACUGCUAUGGGUGACCAAGUUAUGACUCCAGCUCAGUUUGAGGAGCCUGCAGCAGUGGCUGAAAUCAAUGAUGAUCUAAUAACCGAAGAUCCGCAGCUUUUCCUGGAUGUUGAUGAAAUGAACAAACAAUUUAUGGAAAGAAGCGAAGAACUAUAUGAUGCACUCAUGAAUUGUCACUGGCAACCUCUGGAUGUCACCUGUGAAAUUCCUUUUGCUUUCUAAGUGUCUUUAUAUAGCAUGAUCGUUAUGACCGAGGUGCUAAAACUACAUUUCUUCUAUGUUUUACUUUAGACCAUAAGUUUUUAAAGCACAAUGAUAGGUUGUUUUUGUUUGUCUUUUGUUUUUUGCUAUGCUUUGGACAGCCUUUGUAACUUUUGUUCACCACCAUACUCUAUGAAGCAUCUUGAAAUCAUGUAAAUAUUCUAGAAAUGUAAAGAGUUAAUUAGGGUCUAAAGGAUAGACUUGCUUGUGUAAAUAAAAUCUUGUUUCUGCAAA